GCCGACGACGGCUGCAAUUAGAGACAGUCCACGACAACUGCAACAGUGGCAAUAUGCGCCACACACAACAGUCGACAAUUAUUCGCGUUAUUACUGUUUUUGCGUUCGCGCCGUCCAUGUCAUAAUUAUUGUAUUAUUUUACCGACCGUUCAAAGUGCGAUAUCGUCGUCGCACUCGCCAAUAACAAUAGUAAUACCCCGAAAUAAACGUUCGUCUGCGACGGUGUUCUGCGGUACCAACUUACAUUUUUCCAGAGAUAUUUUCCCUACAUCUCGUGACCGGUUAUACGCGUGUGUAAGACUUUUGAACUCUGUUCGUGUACCACACCGUGACCAACAUGACCGCGUCAGUGGUGACGCGUGACGAAGCUCCGGCCGAAAAUCUGCAGCAGACCGCGGUCGUGCCCCGCCCCUCGUCGGCGGUGGUCGUGAGGAGCGCGUACAAGCAGUACGGUCAGACGGCCAUACUCAAAGACUUGAACCUGACUAUUCCAACCGGGAAAAUAUACGGGCUACUGGGACCCAGUGGCUGUGGAAAAACGACUCUAUUGAGCUGUAUUGUCGGACGUUUACAUUUAGAUUCCGGAGAGAUCAAACUCAAAGGCAAACACAUAUCCGACAUUGGAUAUAUGCCGCAAGAAUUGGCAUUGCACAAUGAAUUAUCCAUAAAGGAAACGUUCACGUAUUAUGGUUACAUAUUUAAUUUGUCAAAUGAUGUUAUCGAAACAAGAGGCCGAGAACUAAAGGAGCUCUUGAAAUUGCCAUCGUACAGUCUGAGUCUAAAUGAGAUUAGUGGUGGUCAACAAAGAAGAGUGUCUCUUGCAGUAGCGAUGCUCCAUGACCCAAAACUGUUGAUUUUAGAUGAACCUACAGUUGGCCUGGAUCCUUUAAUUAGCCAAAGCAUUUGGGAACUUCUAUUGGAUCUGACAUCGAAUGAAGGUAAAACAGUGAUAAUCACUACGCACUAUAUCGAAGAAGCAAAACAGUCACAAAUGAUCGGUCUGAUGAGAAAAGGUACUCUUCUUUCCGAAGCAACGCCAACAGAACUAUUGACUUCGUGCAAUUGUUCGUAUUUGGAGGAAGCAUUUUUGAAGAUUUGCCAAAACCAAGUGGCCAAGACAAACAGUUUCAAAAUACCAGUAAAACAACCUACAAGAAGGUUUUCUUACGCUCGAGAUUUGCCUCCACCGCCGUUGUUAAACAACACAUUAUUCACAUUUGGUCGUUUCAAAGCUCAGGUGUGUAAGAACAUUUACCUGUUGAGAAGAAACAUACCGUUUACUCUAUUUGUGAUCUUCUUACCACUGAUACAGACAGUAUUAUUCAACAUCGCUUGUGGCCAUGAUCCGAAACAUUUGACAUUAGGUAUAUUAAACGAUGAGCCUGUGAGUCAAACGGGUACGUGUUCGUUGAUGCAGACGAAAAAUUGUUUUUUGGACGGAGGUGUGCCGGUCAGUUGCCUGGUAUUGGAAAGAUUAAAAGAAAAGACUUUCGAAUUGGUUGAAUAUUCCAAUUCAGAAGACGGCCAGUAUGCAGUGUCAGAAAACAAAGUCUGGGGAUUCCUCCAUUUUUCGAAAAACUUCAGUAGUAAUUUAGCAACCCGUUUUAAUGAAGGGGGAGACAUCACCGACAACAACAUAUUUGACAUGGGAUCGAUCCAGGCGUGGAUUGACAAUACAAAUAAGUAUAUGUACGACAUGAUCAAAAGAGACAUUUUCGACAGCUACACGGACGUGAUUGAUAGUCUUUUCAACAAAUGUAAUAUAUCAGAAAGAAUCGGCAACACGCCGAUCCGGAUCCUCGACCCUGUUUAUGGAAACAAAAAUCCAAGUUUUAUACAUUACGCGUCGCCUGCAAUAAUAGCACUAUGUGCAUUUUAUCUUCCUGCCAUCUACACAGGAUCUACGAUUAUUUCUGAAAAAGAAGGAGGAGUUAUUGAGAGAGUAGUCUUAUCAGGAAUGAACUUCAUUGAAAUCGCCUUGGCUCAAGUAUUGGUGCAGACGAUAUUUAUCUUCAUUCAAACCACUCUAGUGAUGAUCGUCAUGUUCGUGAUAUUUGACAAUCCAUUCGUCGGUGACAUAUUUCCGUCGUUUUUGCUAUUGACGAUGAUCGGGUGCGGUGGAAUGUGUUUCGGUUUUUUCACGGCCAUCAUCUGUAGGACGACGACGGAAGCGGCUUUCCUGGGCAUUGGAACUAAUUUCCUGUUGAAAUUUUUAUGUGGACUUAUGUGGCCCACCGAGGGCAUCCACUACCUGUUACGCAGCAUCAGCAUCUACUUGCCGCUGACGAUGUCCACGGAAAGCCUGAGGUCGCUGACCGCCAAGGGCCUAGGCCUUCAACAUCCAUCCGUGUACCUUGGGUUCAUGUCGAUCUUCUCUUGGAUACUCGUCUUUACGCUGGUGUCGUUCGUAAUGCUGAAACUCAAACGUGACGUGUGGACGAAGAGUUAAUGGGAGGCGCGUAAUCCGCUUAACAAUAACCAUAUUUUAAUUUAUAAUAAUUAAUACCUAUCAAGUUAUUAGGCAUCGUUGGAACGUUGGUUACGGAAUUAGAUAGGACCUUAUUAUAUCGUUUUCGUUCCGGCGGGAACCUUCAGCAAUAGACCACGAUCGCAACUGCUAAACUAUGCUUCAAUAGUUAAAUUUACAUGUUAGGUAUAUUGUUUAUAUAAUUUAUUCCCCAUGUAAAAUAGCUGUAAUAUUUUAGACGAUUUUUUUAAUUAAUAUAUAAUAGGUAAUAAUAAAAUAUGAUAUUAUGUAUAAAAAACAUAAUACGAGCGUCGUGCGUUUAAUUUCCGUUUUGAUGAAGUUAUAAUGUUAUAUUGUAGUAAUAUAUUAUUAGGUGAUUAUUAUUGUUUGCUAUACAUCGGUAUCCAGAUAAAGUGUUAUUUUUUUUUUCAUCAAAUUUUGUACAUAAAAACAAAUUUAAAUGGUUGUGUGAAAAUACAAUAAUUUUAUUAUUUCAUACAAUUCGGAUUAAUAUUUAAUUUUAAUUUUAAUUGUUUAUAAAAUUAGUAAAAACGUGAGUGGAAAAAAAAUAAUUGUAGUU